AUGGCAGCUCAGACAGGGAGCCUCUUCCGCUCCGAGGACAUGAGCCUCGUGCAGCUCUACAUCCCCUCAGAGGUGGCCCAUGACACCAUCUACGAGCUCGGCGAGAUGUCCAACUUCCAGUUCAAGGAUCUCAACCCGUCGCUCUCGACGUUCCAGCGGCCGUUCACCCCCCGCCUGCGCCGCCUCGCCGAGAUGGCUCGUCGCAUCCGCCUCUUCAAGUCGCAGAUCUCGUACCUCGAACCACCCAUCGGCAUCCCUCCCCUCUCUGCCAUCCCGCCGUUUACGUGCGUCGGUCCGCGCGCGCAGAGCGCAUUCGACGAGCUGGACGAGAAGCUCAAAGAGCACGAGCGCCGCCUCGCCGAGAUGAACCGCUCGUGGGAGGACCUGGGCAAGCGCAAGGGCGAGCUUGAGGAGAAGAAGUGGGUACUGCGCGAGACCGCUGCCUUCUUCAAUGAGGCCGAGUACCGCCACACCGAGAUUCGAUCGUCGUUUGACGACAACCCGGACGGCACGACGCCUCUCCUCGAGGCUGCUGCCGAGUACGGCUCGCUUCCAGGCGAGUCAUCGAUGGCGGGCUUCGACCUCGAGUUCGUGGCUGGCACGAUCGAGCGCUCUCGCAUGCCCACCUUUGAGCGCAUCCUCUGGCGCGUCCUCCGCGGCAACCUGUACAUGAACUACUCCGAGAUCGAGGAGCCCUUCGUUGACGUUGUCACUGGCGUCUCGACCCACAAGGACGUGUUCAUUAUCUUUGCGCACGGCGACGAGUUGCUGGCCAAGAUCCGCAAGGUCGCGGAGUCGAUGGGCGGCACGCUCUACCAGAUCGACUCGGCACCGGAUAAGAGGGCCGAUGCUCUCCGUGAGACGCAGACUCGCCUCGAGGACGUCGACGCCGUCCUCUACAACGUCUCGCAGACUCGCCGUGUUGAGCUCAGCAAGAUUGCUGAGGGUCUCGAGGCGUGGAAGGACGCUGUUCGCAAGGAGGAGGAGGUAUGUAAGACUCUCAACCUUCUCUCGUUCGACCAGAGUCGCAAGACCCUCGUCGCUGAAGGCUGGACGCCCACCUCGGACAUCACCGCCGUGCAGCUUGGUCUCCGCAGAGCAACCGAGACGGCCGGGACGUCGGUCCCCGCUGUCCUGUCCGAGCUCCGCACGACCCAGACGCCGCCCACGUUCCACCGCACGGACAAGUUCACCGAGGCGUUCCAGGCAAUCAUCGACGCGUACGGCGUGGCGACGUACAAGGAGGUCAACCCCGGUCUCUUCACCGUCAUUACUUUCCCCUUCCUCUUCGCGUGCAUGUUCGGCGACGUCGGCCACGGUCUCCUCGCGGCUCUUGCUGCCGGCGCAAUGAUCUUCUUCGAGAAGAGCCUCACCGGUAAGGGUGGCGAGAUGUUCCAGACCUUCUUCUACGGUCGCUACAUCAUCGUCCUCAUGGGCAUCUUCUCGGUCUACACCGGCUUCAUGUACAACGACAUCUUCUCAAAGGCCAUGUACAUCUGGAAGUCGGGGUGGGAGUGGCCCGAGAACCCGGAUGGCCAGGUGUCGGCGAUCCUCCUUGACCGCCGCUACCCAUUCGGUCUCGACCCGCUCUGGAUCGGUGCCGACAACGCGCUCAUCUUCAUCAACUCGUACAAGAUGAAGAUGUCGAUCGUUAUCGGUGUCCUCCACAUGACCUUUGCCAUCUGCCUCAACGUACCGAACUUCAUCCAGUUCAAGCAGCGCCGCCGUAUCUGGGCCGAGUUCGUCCCUCAGAUCCUCUUCAUGUGGUGCAUUUUCGGGUACCUCAUCCUGUGCAUUCUGUACAAGUGGGCGAUCGACUGGAGCAAGAGCGACCUGCCUGCUCCCGGCCUCCUCAACAUGCUUAUUUACAUGUUCCUCUCGCCCGGCACCGUCCCCGAAGGUUCAAAGCUGUACGGUGGUCAGGCCUUCGUCCAGACCAUCCUACUUCUCAUCUCCCUCGUCUGUGUGCCGUGGAUGCUCUGUACCCUCCCAUACCUCGAGUGGAAGGAGCACAAGAACAUCGCCAGCCAGGGCUACCAGGGUCUCGCGGCUGCCGACAAUGGGCGCGCGUCUACCGACGCCGAGCUCGAGGACGACGAGGAGGGUGCAGGCCAGCCUGUCGCUAGAGAUGAGGAGGAGCAUCACCAGUUCGACAUGGGCGAGGUCGUCGUGCACCAAGUCAUCCACACCAUCGAGUUCUGCCUCGGCUGUAUCUCGAACACGGCAUCGUACCUCCGUCUCUGGGCGCUGUCGCUGGCACACGCCCAGCUCUCCGAGGUCCUGUGGGACAUGACCAUGGCCAGCGCGCUUGGCUACACUGGCGGCCUCAUCGGUGGCACCUUCAUGCUCGUGCCCAUCUUCGCCAUGUGGUUCACACUCACGAUCUGUAUCCUCUGUAUCAUGGAGGGCCUGUCUGCGUUCCUCCACGCGCUGCGUCUCCACUGGGUCGAGUUCGCCGGCAAGUUCUACCAAGCGGGCGGCUAUCCCUUCACACCCCUCACCUUUGUGGUGGACGAGGAGGACAUCGCGUAA